AUAGCAAGACUGUCGUGACUUCAUAUUAAAUUUGUUAGUCGGUAACAAACCUCGUUCAUUCCGUCGUAAUAUCUAUUUUAAUCCGUUUGACUAUAACAGGUAUAGAGAUCUAGAUUCCCUGUCGUGACAUAGUUAACUUAUUUUUGUAGGUGAUUUGGUAACGCGCCAUAACUUGUUUUUUUUUUUUUAGCUUUGACGAGAGUUUCCUUUGUAACGUAGCUAACCUAGUUAGCUCGCUAACGUUACUGUUUUUAGAAACAGGCCUGCUGAAGGAGUGAAAUAUCAAAGGUUCUGCUUUUCAGAUCUUUAUUCGACGUUCCCGAAGAUACAUUUUGCACUGUUGAGUUGUUUGUAAUCUGGGACUAUGGACCAAAUAGACGUAUCCACAAAAGAAGUAAAGAGUCCCUGGGGCACUCAGAAUGUGACAGCGCCCCCUUGUUCCUUGGCAGAUGUAAUGAGUGAACAGCUGGCCAAGCAGCUGCAUGAGGAACUCACCUCCUUCUCCAGCUGCUCUGAUAUGGGCCUAGAUCUGGCUGAUGUACCACAGGACAGUGAUACAUCCAGUGAUCUGAUGCUGGCGCAGAUGCUUCAGAUGGAGUUUGAUAGGGAAUUUGACACACAGUUACGCCGAGAAGAAAAAAGAUUCAAUGGUCAGAGCAAAGUGUCCAUUUCCUUUGAGAACUAUCGUAUGGUUCAUCCAUUUGAGGAUAGUGACAGCUCUGAAGAUGAAGUAGACUGGCAAGACACACGCCGUGACCCCUAUCGCCUUGCAAAGCCAACCAUUACACCAAAGAAAGGUUUUACCGGGAAAGGCAAGAACAUCACUACUAAACAUGAUGAGGAUAUCUGUGGACGGAAAAACACUGCACGCAUGGACAAUUUUGCUCCAGAGGUGCAUGUAGGUGAUGGGAUUAGCAUGGACUUGAAGCUGUCAAACCAUGUGUACAAUGCUCUGAAACGGCACUGUCAGACAGAGCAGCGACGUGGUGCACGACUGCAUGAGAAGAAGGAGCACUCAACUGCUGAGCAAGCUGUUGAUUCCAAGACCAGGCUUCUUAUGUACAAGAUGGUGAAUGCUGGAAUUCUGGAGAAUAUUAAUGGCUGUGUCAGCACAGGCAAAGAGUCAGUGGUGUUUCAUGCUGAUGGAGGAAGCUUUGAGGAGAUAAUCGUUCCAAAGGAAUGUGUCCUCAAGGUGUUCAAGACGACUCUGAAUGAAUUCAAGAACCGUGACAAGUACAUUAAGGAUGAUUACCGCUUCAAAGACCGCUUCAGCAAGCUGAAUCCUCGCAAGAUCAUCCGUCUGUGGGCUGAAAAGGAGAUGCACAACCUGGCAAGGAUGAAAAAGGCAGGGAUUCCAUGUCCAGAGGUGGUCGUUCUGAAGAAGCACAUCCUUGUGAUGUCUUUCAUUGGUCAAGACCAAGUGCCUGCUCCUAAACUGAAGGAAGCAAUGCUGAGUUGUGAGGACAUGAAGAAGGCAUACUACCAAGUAGUACAGAUGAUGCAGCUGAUGUAUAAGGAAUGUAACCUGGUUCAUGCUGACUUGAGUGAAUACAAUAUGCUCUGGCAUGAUGGACAGGUGUGGUUAAUUGACGUGAGCCAGUCUGUUGAGCCCACUCAUCCUCACGGUCUGGAGUUUCUGUUCCGGGACUGCAGGAAUGUAGCCACAUUUUUCCAGAAAGCUGGAGUGGCAGAGGCUUUGAAUGUGUACGAACUCUUCAACACUGUCUCUGGACUGCAAAUUAGUUGUGACAAUGAGGCAGAUUUCUUAGCCCAGAUUGAAGCACUGGAGAAGAUGAAUGAGGACCAUGUGCAAAAGCGAAGCAAGAAAGCUUUCACCAAUACUUGUGAUGACGGCCCACCUCUGUUAAAUGACGACGAUGAUUAGCAAUAAGAUAAUAAUAAGACUGUUUGAAUAUUAAAGGAGAGUCCAAUCACAGCAAUGUGGGAGUGGAAAAACAUGGGCAUGUGAGAGUGUUAUGCAGCAUUCUCUGCUCACUGUCCUCAGAGACACAUUUUGCCCUCCUUCCACUACUGUUGCUGCACAAUGGGUUGGCUUCAAAUAGCAAAUGCAAGAUACAUUCAUGUGUUGUACAUCAGUGCAAGACACCUGUCUCAUCUGGCAUUUGAACACAACCCGUUCUGGAACGUCAGCCAGUUUUGCAAAUACAGAUUUUAUUAAAGUGUGAAAUCGUGCAAAUGAAUUACAUUAGAACAUAAGGCAACAGCAGUUGAUUACUGUUGGCCUCAGAGUUAUUCUGUGAUAUUUCUCCCUUUUAUUAUGUAAAAUGAUAGUUAGCAUAGACAGAACAGUAUUACUGAGAGCAUUUGCUAAAGGUUCUGUCUGUGCUAAGUAUGCAUUCUGAUGGGAAUAGUUUGUUUUUUGUGGAAUCAUUUUAAUGUUGAGUGAGGUCUUGCUGUAUUGGUACUCAAUUUUUAUCUCUAAUCCAGAUGGAGAAACUUAAUAAAAUCAUAUAAAAAAAGAAUAUCGGUA